UACAGGUUCAAGUGUGGCAUGAGGUAAAAAAGGUUGAAAAACCCUGGUUUACACAAACCCAACUGCUCCAUGAUGAGCAAAGAGAAGCUUGGAAUUUUCGGGGGAAUAUUUGCCUUUUCUGUUUCUUUCAGUGUUCCCAGCAUUCCCUCAGGAUCAUCCUGCCCCAUCCCAAACUCCACAUUCAAUUAGUGAUGGAGGAGACCAAUUUUCCUAAUUUCUUUCUCUCUUAACUUUUCCUUUCCACCAGAUGCCCCAAGCCCCUGCACUCUAAGCAGACACUUGAGAUCUUAGGUCUUGUCUCCUAUAAUAUACACCACUUUAUUCCUUUAGUCAUAUAUUCACUACCAAUUUAUCGAGAGGCCUCGUGUAGCAGGGACUGAAGGACCUGGUGUAAUAUCUCCUGCCCCUGACGCUGGAGGGCACAACAUCGGCAGCUGCUUACAAUUCGCCACCUGCCCUGCUUCUCAAGUAAGAGCUUUAUUGCUUCAACAAAUAUUUUUCCUUUUGUUUGAAAACACCUAUCAUGCAUGUCUUAAAAAUUGUUUAGACUUCUGCAUUUUGUGAAAUAAGGUUCCAAAGAGCCUAUCUUGUCAAUAAAUCCUGAUUUCGGUCUGGAUGAAACAGCUACCACAGAAUCAACUAGAAAGAAAAAAAUCUUGAUCCAACACUCAAGUCUUUCUAUUGUGCAAGGUGAAAUCCUUUGACCUAGAUUCUGUCCCUGGAAAGGCCAGUGACUAUCGAUAAUUCUAAGAAAACUGGUUUAAAUAUCGGUGUACAAAGUCAUAAUUCAUGAACUACAUUUAUUUGAUUAUCCUGAAACUCUACUGGACAGAAAGUUCUCACUUUUAUCCACCUUCAUUGUUACCUUCGAGCAGCUCUUUCCAUGGCAACUGAAAACUUCUCUGGACUGAAAUAAUCCUCUCCAGCUCCCAGGGCACAGUCAUGGAAUUUUAAAAACAGGGAACUUUGUUAACCAUGAAAUACUCUCUGAGAUUUAAAAGCCUGUGGAGCUCCAGAUAAAUAAUCAUUUGUCUAUCUUCCGAAGAAAUUCCUUUGGCUACAAGUUUAUCCCGUGAACAGCAACGCACCCAUCUCCAUCCAAGACGGACUCAAAGUAAAGGAAGAGUGGAAAUGUGUUUCUGGACAAAGCUUUCAGUAUUUUGGGUGCCCUUGUUCCUUCUGCUCAGCUGUGUUACUUCUACUGAGACAGACACACCCUCAGCCCAGGACAGCAAUGGCUCUGGGAGUCCAGGGCACACGGCAGACAUACUACGAGCUCUCGCUGUGGGUGACCACCCACCCCUCAACCACUCAAGAAGCCUCAUCAGAACAUUGUUGGAGAAAACUGGGUGCCCACAGAGGAGAACCGGAAUGCAAGGAGAUUGUGAUCUGUGCUUUGAACCAGAUGCCCUGUUACUCAUAGCUGGAGGAAAUUUUGAAGAUCAGCUUCAGGAAGAAGUGGUCCAGAGAGUUUCUCUUCUUCUCCUCUAUUACAUUGUCCAUCAGGAAGAGAUCUGUUCUUCAAAGCUCAACAUGAGUAAUAAAGAGUAUAAAUUUUACCUACACAGCCUGCUGAGCCUCAGGCAGGAUGAAGACUCCUAUUUCCUUUCACAGAACGAGACAGAAGAUAUCCUGAGUUUCACCAGACGGUACUUUAACACUUCCAGGGGCCAGUGUAUGGAAACCAAAACACUACAGAAAAAAUCAGGAAUCCUAAGCAAACAUGGUGCUGAUGAAAAUACACUUCCUCAACUGGCAGCGAUGAUCAUCGCUUUGUCCCUCCAAGGUGUUUGUCUGGGACAAAGAAACUUGCCUUCACCAGACUAUUUCACAGAGUAUAUUUUCACUUUUUUGAAUAGUACAAAUACCCUCCACCUAUCAGAACUAGACCAGCUCCUCAGCACUCUCUGGACCAGAAGUAUCUGUAUUAAAAAGGAUAAAAUCCAUCAAUUUCAAAGGAAACAAAACAACACAACUAUCCAUGAUUGGGACUACCCUAAUCUAUCUGUCUCCAUGGACAAGGAGUUGGAUGGUGGUCCAAUUUCUUGGGAUCAGACCUGCUUCUCUGCUAGACAGCUGGUGGAGAUAUUUCUACAGAACAGCCAUCCUUGGUCCAUCUCUAAGGAGGACUUUAAGCAAAUGAGUCCUGGCAUCAUCCAGCAACUGCUCAGCUGCUCUUGCCAGCUGCCCCAGAACCAGCAAGCAAAGCUGCCCCCCAGCACUCUGGAAAAAUAUGGCUACAGCACGGUGGCUGUGACUGUGCUCACACUGGGCUCCAUGCUGGGGACAGCACUGGUCCUUUUCCACAGCUGUGAGGAGAACUACAAGCUCAUCUUGCAGCUGUUUGUGGGCUUGGCUGUGGGAACACUCUCUGGAGAUGCUCUGCUUCACCUUAUCCCACAGAUUCUUGGUUUACAUAAGCAGGAAGCCCCAGAAUUUGAACAUUUCCAUGAAAGCCAAGGUCAUAUCUGGAAACUGUUGGGAUUAAUUGGAGGCAUCCAUGGAUUUUUCCUGUUAGAAAAGUGUUUUGUUCUUCUCGUCUCACCAAAUGACAAGCAGGGCCUGUCACUGGUUAAUGGGCACAUGGGGCAUUCCCACCAUCUCGAACUCAACUCUGAAUUAAGUGACCAGGCAGACAGAGGCAAAUCUUCUUCAACUAUGCAGUUGAAAGGCCCAGAAGAUUCACAGACAGCUGAGAUUCCCAUAGGCAGCGUGACAUCUUCCGGCAGCAAAUGCAAAGCCAUUAGCUUGUUAGCAAUAAUGAUUCUGGUUGGGGACAGCCUGCAUAAUUUUGCAGACGGCCUAGUGAUAGGAGCGGCCUUCUCAGCCUCGUCUGAGUCGGGAGUGACCACCACAAUUGCUAUCUUGUGCCAUGAGAUUCCACACGAAAUGGGAGACUUUGCAGUGCUCUUAAGCUCGGGACUUUCAGUUAAGACUGCCAUUCUGAUGAAUUUUAUAAGUGCUCUGACGGCUUUCAUAGGACUGUACAUCGGCCUCUCAGUGUCAGCCGAUCCAGGUGUCCAAGACUGGAUCUUUACGGUCACGGCUGGGAUGUUCUUAUACUUAUCGCUGGUUGAAAUGCUUCCUGAAAUGACUCAUGUUCAGACACAACGACCCUGGAUGAUGUUUCUCCUGCAGAACUUCGGACUGACCCUAGGUUGGCUUUCUCUCCUACUCUUGGCUAUAUAUGAACAAAAUAUUAAAAUAUAAGUUAGCAUCCUCAAAAUCCUUCAGAGAUCAUUUUAUACGGCCUUACUUUGUUUCCUCUGUUGUCAUCUCUAAUGAUUUCUCAGUGAAGUAUUUUUUUCCCCUUGAUGAAGUGUGUGUCUUUUAGUUCCUUAGCGUAUUAAUUUUAUAAUGUGAUUUUGGUUUUGGAGAUAUUAAAAAAAGGCCAAGCUGUCCUUAAUUGAAAUUUUGGUUGUAGUUGCCAACAUCGUGAUAAAAAUCAUUCUUUUUAGAAAGGAAUGAGUAAGUUCUCAAUUCAUUCUAGUAAACCUUAAAAGAAAAUAUCGUGUGCCAGAGAAUGUUUAUAGCAUUUGAAGUGGACAGAUGCGGACUGGGACAAAAUCAACCGCAACUUCUUUGAGGUCAACUUAUUUUUUUUUUUCCUGUGAGAUUAUAAACUAUAAGCAAACUAAGUGACCAAAAAUGUAAUAAAGUCUAAUUUUAACGUGA